AUGAGCUAUGUCUCGUUUGCAGGUCAGUAUCGACCGUCUCACGCCUCGUCGUGCGACGGUAGAGCCGAGAGAGGCUAUGAACUGCAACUCCUGUCGCAAAAGAAAGGUGCUUUUUGCUACGAACACCCCCGCAGUGCUAGUCUUGUACUAACUGAACCAAUUAGAUCAAAUGCAAUCGCCUGCGACCGAGCUGUGAAGCCUGCAAAGUCUUCCAGACACCAUGUCUAUACGGUGAGUUGUUGCCCCAAAUGCGGGCCGAUCAAACCACCAUCUGAUCCUUUUUCUCAAGAUGCGGUUCCCAAAAAACGCGGCCCCAAGAGCGAGAUGCUAGAAGCGCUGCUAAAACGUGUCGACGGCCUUGAAAAAAGACUGAAGGAUGAGAAAAAUCCUGGCUCACCCACUCCAGACGCAACAGUCGAUCUACUACCUUCGAACCACCGACCGGCGCGCCGCAAUACAAUUAAUACCUCCUCUUUCCAUCUAUACUCGUCCAAGGACUCGAUACCGGCACAAUCAACUCCAAUAUCUCAGUCCGGAGAGCCAUUUCACAGUCCGACGGGCUUUACUUCGGCAUAUAACCUUCAGCAGCCAUCGCCAUCACAAAAUGGCGCUUUGUCAGUUGGACUUCUUGAUACGUAUUUUGCGCGAAUACAUGGCAAGCCUUUCUUCAUCGUCGAUGAAACGACUACGCGACAGCAAUAUCAGUCGAACCAGCUACCAACGCAUCUAUCUUUGGCCAUCUCGGCUAUGACGACGAGGUAG